GUGGGCGGGAGCACGGAGUUUGGUAAUUCAGCUAUCUAAAGGUAAUAAUAAUAGCAGGCAAGCAGGCGCCAUCAAUCGUCUGUGUGUGUGUGUGUGUGUGUACGUACGGGGUACUUGUGCUGCCCAGGCGCCUUGCUCGCCUGCCAGGUGCCAGUGUUGGGAGGUCCCGCGUACCGCAGCAGAGCCCGAGAUGAUGCGACGCUGCCCCACAGAGCGUGGCACAGGGUAUCGGGGUCAAGGUAAGCCACGACGUCAUUGCUUGGACCCACCUUCCCGUCUGGUCUAGGCAGGGGCAUCAAAAAGUAUCGGUCGCAUCCACACCCAAACCCUGAGGUCAGCCCUUCCUGUUAAGUAGCCGGCAGUUUCCCUCCUGUUUCCAGCGCCAUGGUCUCGCUCGCACAUCAACGGCAGGGCCAGCUGUCGUGGUAUAAAUAAACUCGACAUCGCAUCUCGCACGGCAUCUGGCAACACUGCUUCUCCCUUCCUGCCGCCCACGCCGGGUGCGGCUGCUGCCCUGGGUCGUCCGAGCCACCACGAGCCGAGGCGGUGUCGAGUCCACUGGAGUCGAGCCAGGGAGAGACAAAGACAGCGAGACACUCGGCCUCAACCCAGGUAUCGGUACGGAGUACAGCCCCCAACCUCGAGGAUCCCACUCACCGUUCGUCACCUCCCUUACGGCGAGCCGGCCCUCGUUGAUAUCCUGCACAGCUCCUGCCCUCCUCCCAGCGAGAUGGUGUGAUCUGUCAGUAGAUCAUCGAGGCACGUGCGAAUGGGGCCUUGGUGACGCGGGCAGACGGGCAGACUGGUGACGGCACGACCAAUCCUGCCAGCCUGACAGACUGCAACUGCUUGCCAGCCUGCCAGCCUGCAACAUGAUCCCCCGGCCCUCCGUGUGGUGUGUGCGGCUCCACGCCUACAAGACCUGCCCGGCCCCGACAACCGCCAUGCCAGACCCAGGGCGCAUCGAUGGCCAGUGGCUUCUACCGAUGUGGCCAUGAUCUGCGCCCUGACCAUCUGGACUUCACCCGCCCGACCUCACUCUUGUUCAACCAUCCGAAGCGCCCCCGAUCCAACCCCCAGGCAGCCAGGCAGCCCAGGCAGCCCAGGCAGGACAAGCCCGCCCGCGGCACCCAGGGCCCUACAGGCAUUGCACAUUGGCUUGGCUGGCCUGGGGCACACUUUCCUAAUCGGACAGCCGAUGACUCCACUGUUUCUUGCUUAAUGGGCCCUGGUAUUACAACGUCCCUGGCACACGGCAAUCGACCGAGAAGGCCUGGUUACCCCAGCGCACCUCGUACUGGUACAUUGGGCCGCACUGCGGAACGACAACGGAUCCAGUCGGUGAGGACCAGAACAGGCGUGUCGACGACGGUCGGAUCAUUCUUGGUCUUUGAGUGCGGUGAGCUGUGUCUUGCCCGCCGGCCAUACCGGCCAAAUCUGCACGUUGGAUGUGCUCAAUUAGACUCUGAGUUUUCAGACGGUAGACUCCAUUGUGCUCCAGCCACACCUCUGGGCAACGGGCUCCCGUGCGGACGCUGUAUCGAGACAAGAUCACUGUCCAGCCACAGGCCUUGUCCUAGCGCAGCUGCCGAGCUUUAUCCACCUGACCCAACCCGUUGCGAUCGGACAACACAUGGCUGUCUGCAAUUGACGACCACGCGUAGUUGACUGAUUCUCAGGAUGCGCCACACAUUUCCAGUCUUUCGCUUCGCAUGUUACCCAUCACAUCCAUCCGUUACAGAGUUCUUGGUAGCGACUCUAGCUUGGACGGCGCCUCGAGCUUCUUUAAAGCAUCGCCCGAGGCAUUCCACUGCUCAGACGUCAUAUGGCUCACGCGUCAUACCUUUACGGUUCCAAGGCUGCAUGCAGAUGCACUAGACUGGCUUGGGUAUCCCUGGAUUCGGGAUCCUGCACUUCUUUCCGGCAAUUUGCAGGGAUUGUCAUAGGAGUUACCUGCCGGCGAGACCCCUACUCGAGUAGGAAAAUGUUGUUUUUCCUGCCCGCAAUGGCCCCGACAAAUCCGCGGGCCUGGUUGAGGCCGUCGCACAUGGACCGCCAGGGCGCACUAUUCCUUCCAAUGACUGGGCCAGUUCAGGCCAUCCGGUACGUGAACGGAUGUAUCCUCCGGGCUUCCAACUCCCGUCGCUAGCCCCAAGAUGUUGGAUGAGGCUGUUGGGGACCGGCGGCCAUGCGGCAACUUCCGGAACAAGCGGCCCUUCACAACCUGCCCGUAUCACGGCUUCCGCUUCGGCGGCAUGCCUUGUGGCUUACAAACAUAUCCAAUCGUGAUAUGACAUUUUUCCUUGAUGAGCUUCUCAUACUGUCAACUCAGCGAGGCAGCACGAAUCGGAUGCUUAUAAUCAUUGUGGGUCACGAGGUCGCUCUCCGCGCGGCUAAUAGUGCCCUUUUCAUGCUCGCAUCCAAGGAUUUGUCUUGCGGGGUUGGCUGAUCCACAAAAUGUGGGCGAGCUAUCCCACCACCGCUCCAGUUUCCUGUGGUAUGGAGAAACCCGACAGUUCAAGCACAGAGAUCGGAUAAAGGAGAAUGAUUAGCAUUUAUUCGCCGCAAAGUAAGCCAUGACAAAUCGUUCGCGCGGGAGUAUUUGUCCGCCUCAAAGCAACUACUUGGCGCGCAACUAGCCGUCGAAAGAUCCCCAUAAUUUGACUGAAAGUUGUGUCGAGAGGGGAGGAGAGCAGUCCAACAGUACGGAGUAGAACAAACUCGCCCAGGAAAAAAGUCAUGCACACGAAGGUGCUAGAGUUACGCCUCUUCAGAAGAAAAAAAAAACAGGUUUUUUGACAGUUUCCCCGGCCAGUAGCCUUCCCUCGACCCACGUUCUGGCCGAGUCCAUAGAUGCAAGUCCGCCGUGAGACCGGCCCGCCUGCCUGCCGAAAGAGUGACCAUUAUCGACGCCAACAGGACAUAGUGCCCUGAUGCCUCUUCUAGGGUGCAGUCGGCCGACUCCGCACGUCAACAUAAAGGGUGAUUACCCAAGGCGGAAAUUGGCACCUCGUCGUGGCGCGAAGUCUAGGCGUCGGACUCGGAGUCGCUGUGCUUCCUCUGGAACCGUUGUCUCGGAUGGCAGCCGGCAGGACGUGGUCACGACGAGUGCUUGAGGAGGUCCCCAGGCACCGUCACGGCGGGGCUGGCCCCACGGCUGUGUGGGUAAGCCACGCCCCGUUCCGCACCACGAAAGUGAUCGAUUGCAUCGACCAUCGCUGCCUGUCAUCUGCCAUCGGUCUCGGAAAGCAACAAGUGGGUGAUCGUUGUACUUGCUCCUCUUAGGACCAUGCCACUUUGGACGCAACGCUCAGAAGCCAGGCAGCAUCUUGCCAGCCGCCUUGUUCAGCCUUAGGGGCGGGCAUCCUUUGCUCGGACAAAAUGCUAGCCCCCUCGAAUUGCCUCUCGUAAGGCGUCUCGGGUGUAGAUAUCUCUGCCUCGCCUUCGGAACCCUCCCCAUCGGGGUCAUCGUCCUCGUCAUUCUCUUCUACGGAGGCCAGAGUCCACCCAAAAAUGUUCCCAAACCAAGUGCCCGGCCGGGACUGCCCAUUUUUGACCAGCCUCCUCACGUCGGCCUCGUCAUCCUGAUCCGCCUCGCCGUCGAGGCCAAUGGCCUCCAGCUUCUCGUCGAGGUUGACGAAAUCCGGGCCGGGGGUGAAGUCCCCAGGCGGGCCAUGCGAAGCAAAGUAGCCCUCGAUGCUGGCCCUCUCGCCAGGCGUGAUCAGCUGGGUACGGCUACCCGUCCGGCUGGCGUGGAAGCUCCCGGUGCGGCUGACCAGUGGCGAGUCGUCGCCCUCAAAUACGCCCAUGCUACCCCUCCGGCUGGCGUGCUUGCUCGCGAUCGCGUUCUCGCGGGCUAUCCUCUCCCUCUCGAACAUGUCCGGGUCAUGGUCGUCGUCCUCGUCCUCACGAUCGGCCUGCAUACCUGUCAGGCUGGUCGAGCUCGCGCGGGAGACCAGCCAUGACUGGCCUUUGGACUCUCUGGUCUCGCUGCUGAUCAGAACACCGGCGCGGAGGAGCCAAUCGCUGUCGGUCCUGCCACGGGCAGAUGCGGGCUCUUCCCUUCUCGACCCGCGCCUCUGCCCGCCAGGUGAUGUGGUGCCGGACCUGGGAGGCCUGCCCUGUGGGCCUAUAUGAAUGGCGGACUUGCUCUUUGGCAAUGGGGUCGCGGAGCCCUGGCGGGAGUGGUGUCGAGUCCUGGAGCUCGCCCGCCGCGGAGAGCGGCUCAGCAGCGAGGGCGUGGUGGGGGCAGACUUGCCCUGGAUAUACGAAGUGGAAUAGGUUUGAAUGUUCAGUUCGGUAAACAUGAUCUCAGUGUCGUUGAUUGGAAGCUUUGUGGUCAACGGGGCAAGGGAUAGGUGGUUGAGGUUCGUCGAGGAGCGGUUCUUGCGGCGGCCCUGGCUCGAAUGCUGGUUAUAAGCAGAUGCUGCGUCCAUAUUGACGUGAUUGAUGCCACUUUGGGGCAGAUCAGGCCAGCGACCAAGUGCUAUUUCCGGGGGUUGUUGUGGCGGGUGUGCACAGCAAAGCAAUGACCGGGCAGGCCGUUGCAACGGGCAAUUGACGCGGCUACUUGCUUGUGACAGUGGCACAGGGGGUCGUGUGCGUGCGGGUGUCUGAGUAGGAAACGGCUGAUGUGUGGUCUGAUGGGGCCCUGUGGAUUGACUCUUGUGAUGUGCCUGUCGUGGUCAGCGGUUGGGGGCAGCAGCAGCAGCGUGUCGCAUCUCCCCGGAUUAUGAGAUGUUCUUGUUUCCGCUUGGGGCAACGCGAGGGCCAGGAGGGCCAGAAGGUGGGCAGAGGUGGGGUGGGGUCCUUGGGCCGAAGAAAAAGCUAACGAGUAACCGAACGGGACCGGCCAGGCCCAAGAGAGCUCUUUCCUCCUCAGCUCAUCAGCCGUGGCCCGUGGGCCGAGGGACAAAUGCCCGUGGUUUGACAAUCCCUGACGUCUGUUAUCAAGGGAAAUAAAUCGAUAUCAGUACAAAAUUUGUUUCCCAUUGUUCUGAGCCUGGGAUUCAUACUCCGUACGCCACCGCACCCUGGCCCAGAACUGACAGAAGUAGACCACAGUACGACUCUGGGGGGCAGAGAGCAAGGACUUCGUAGAAGCUUGUGGGUAGGCAGACUGUGAGAUGCACUGUGAAAUGCAUGUGCACGCAUGCGUGCAUGUAUGGCCUAAAAAAAAUUGACUGAAGGUGACCAUUUCCUUGCAGCACACACAGUGCGUGUAGCCAACACGGUACCACCACAUCCAGACUCAUCUCACCCUCGCAAACAGGCCUGGCAACGACUCUUCUUUUGACCUUUCUGGUCUUCACCAGCAAAAGAGCCGCUGUCAAAGUCAUCAAGCCGUUGUAAAGGUCCUUUGCGGAAAGGCAGUUGGUGCUGGCCAGGGUCUCAUCGCUCGUUGAACUCCAGUACGAUGAGAAAUCUUCGCAACAUCUGCCACAAAGUCGGCAAGGCCCCGUCAGAUAUCACGGCAACAUGCUGGGACCCCAGCAAGGAUGAGGUGCUAGUCACCUGCGGCCCAACUGCUCCAGACCACAAGAUCGAGCUCCUGAGGGUGGUUGACGAUGUCAGCCGUCAGGACCCGGCAUUCCCACUGCUUUGCGAACAGAUAGCCUCGUGGGACGCCCCAAGCCCAAAUCCAGACUUGCCGGUCGACCGUGUCGUGAGCCUGCACUACUUCAGUGACACCACGACGGCAAGUCUCGUCCUCGAGGGUGGCGACCUCAUCAUUGUGCAGGAGGGCUUGAACCCUGGAGAUGUUCACAUCGAGAUCAUGGGCUCCAUAGACGCCGGUAUCACAGCUGCGCGGUGGUCUCCGGACGAGGAGUUGCUGCUCAUCGCCACCAAGGAAGGGAAUGUGGUCUUCAUGAGCCGUGCCUUCGAUGGCAUCGCCGAGGCUGCCAUGACCCCCGCCGACCUGGAGGCGUCUAAGCAUGUCAGCGUUGGCUGGGGCAAGAAGGAGACCCAGUUCCAGGGCAGGGGCGCCAAGGCAAAGGCUCUUCGUGAUCCCACGAUACCCGAGAAGGUAGACCAGGGAACUCUCAGCCCCGCCGACGACGGGUGCACGGUGGUCAGCUGGAGAGGAGAUGGCGCCUAUGUGGCUAUCAAUUCUGUCGAGGCCGGGUCACGAAGGAUCAUCCGCGUCUACAGUCGAGAGGGUGCUCUCGACAGCGUGAGCGAGCCGGUGGACGGACUGGAAGGCGCUUUGAGUUGGAGACCCUCCGGCAACCUCCUGGCAGGCAUUCAACGCUUUUCUGAUCAUGUUGAUGUCGUCUUCUUUGAGAGGAACGGACUGAGGCAUGGUCAGUUCACAAUACGCUCAAGUGAACCUCUUGAUAACCCCUCUCUGAGUAUCAAGUUGGAAUGGAACGCGGACUCGACGGUGCUCGCAGUCUCGUUCGGCAGUACCGUUCAGCUUUGGACCACGGGCAACUACCACUGGUACUUGAAGCAGGAAAUCUUGCUGAAAUCGCCCUUUUCGCUUGCUUCGUGGCACCCGGAAAAGGCGUUGCGCCUUGCAGUUGCCGACACAGACAACAUACUUCACACCGAGUUCACACUGGCUGUGACGCGAGGCUCGCUGAUGCCACCCGACGACUUCGGAGCAGUUGCGGUCAUCGAUGGCAAGACGGUGAAGAUAACACCUUUCAGAACUGCGAAUGUGCCUCCACCCAUGUCCAUGUUCGAAAUAUCGGCCAGCCACACCGUGAUUGACGUUGCCUUUGCCCCAAACAACGACACGAUGGCUGUAUUGCACCACAAUGGUGUGGACCUGUACGAGUGGCAGACGAAGAACGGUCGAUCGCUGGUUCCAAGACUUCUCUCUAAACUUGAUGCCGAGAUGGACGGAUUGAUGAGAACAGCCCUCCAGGUCUGCUUUGCGUCAAGCUAUCAACCUCGUGUGCUCUACUUCAAUGAUGGGCUUAACAUCUGCCGGCUGGGCUUCAAGUCUGAUGCAGGCGAUCUCAUAAUAGAUGACCUGACGCCGCUUGAGGAGGAGGUUCUCUUCACGCAGACAGCCUCGUUCACCAAGGCAUCAGACAAUGGGUCCCUCGCCGAGGCUUGUGUCCAGACUAGAUCGGGGAAGCUGUUCCGCUUGUCGGAGAAGGACGAUGCGUUAGGGCCUAUGGUUGUCCGCUUCCCGCUUCAGCUCCCAUGGGUUGAGACCUUCGAGAUCAACGGCGAGUUCAUCGCUUUCGGCUUGUCAAGAAGUGGUCACCUUUACGCGAAUUCUCACCUGCUCGUCAAGAACUGUACAUCAUUCCUAGUUACUUGCGACCACCUGGUGUUCACAACAAGCAACCACUUCUUGAAAUUUGUGCACCUGGGCAAGCCAGAAGAUCUCAACGUGCCUGCUGAUGACCCGGAGCAUGAUGAGAGAUGCCGAAGUCUCGAGAGAGGUGCCAGACUUGUCACAGCUACGCCAACGACCAUGAGUGUUGUGCUUCAAAUGCCUCGUGGAAACCUGGAAACUAUCUAUCCUCGAGCCAUGGUCCUAGCUGGUAUUCGGUCUUUGGUUGACGCCAAAGAAUAUGGAAAGGCCUUUGCUCACUGCAGAACGCAGCGAGUGGACAUGAACAUACUCUAUGAUCACAAGCCGGACCAAUUCCUAUCGAACGUCGACCUUUUCUUGGACCAGCUUGGCGAUGUGGCACAUAUCGAUUUGUUCCUAGCCUCUCUCGGCGAGGACGAUGUCACCGAGACAAUGUACAAAAACACGAAAACAUCCAAGGAGACGGCAACGGCAGACUUGAACUCGUCAAGUCAAGAGAAACCAGCCGUUCCAAGCAAAGGGGGCUCGAAGGUGAACAGAAUAUGCGACUCCGUCUUGGAAACACUAAAGAGUCGGAAAGACACAAACUUACAAAACAUCAUCACGGCCAACGUCUGCAAAAACCCACCAGCUCUCGAAGAUGGUCUGAUUGAAGUGGCCAAGUUGAUGCAGGAAGAUGAAGCAAUGGCGGAGAAGGCGGUCGAACACAUAUGCUUCUUGCAAGACGUCAACAGGCUUUACGACCACGCGCUGGGACUUUACAAUCUCGACCUUGCUCUACUGGUUGCCCAACAGUCACAACGAGAUCCAAGGGAGUAUCUCCCAUUCAUUCAAAGUCUACACCAACUCCCUGAGCUCAGACGCAAGUUCACCAUCGACGACCACCUGAACCGCCGGGAGAAAGCAUUGCAGCACCUGCACGCCCUCGACGUCUUCGAAGAGGUCCAGAGCUACACGACGAAAUACAAGCUAUACCAGACCGCGCUCAGACUCUACCGCUACGACGCCGAGCGGCACAGCAUCCUCACAGACCUGUACGCCAACUACCUCGAAUCACAGUCCAAGAACCGCGAGGCGGGUCUCGCCUUCGAAUCCCUCAACAACUUCACCCGCGCCACAGCCUGCUACCGUGCCGCCGGCGCGACCUGCUGGCGCGAGUGCCUCUUCACCGCGCAGCAGCAGGACCCGCCCAUGUCAGGCGACGCCUUCUCGGAGCUCGCCACGACCCUGGCGGAGGCGCUCUGGGAGGCCAAGGACUACUCGUCCGCGGCGACGAUCCACCUCGACUACCUCGACUCCCUGGACCAGGCGAUCAAGUGCCUGUGCAAGGGGUACCACUUCGCGGACGCGAUGCGGCUGGCGGCGCGGCACGGCCGGGCGGACGAGCUCCUCCAGGGCGCCGUGGACGGCGGGCUCGCGGAAGCGCUGUCGGGAACGACCGAGUUCCUCGCGGACUGCAAGGCGCAGCUCAAGGCGCAGGUGCCCCGGCUGGCGGAGCUCCGGCGCAAGGCGAUCGAGGACCCGCUGGCCUUCUACGAGGGCGAGCGCCCGGGGGCCUUUGCGGACCUGCCGGACGACGUGUCGAUCGCGGCCUCGAGCCGCGUCAGCACCAGCGCGUCGCUGUUCACGCGGUACACCGGGAAGCAGGGCAGCGUCGGCACCGUGGGGUCCAACGUCUCCCGCGCGACCAGCAAGAACCGCCGGCGCGAGGAGAAGAAGCGCGCCCGCGGCCGCAAGGGCACCGUGUACGAGGCCGAGUACCUCGUCAACAGCGUGCGGAGGCUGGUGGAGCGCGUCGAGGGGAGCAAGGGGGAGGCGGAGAGGCUUGUGUUUGGGCUCAUGAGGCGGGGCAUGGCGGAGCGCGCCAGGGCCGUCGAGGCGCUCAUGGAUGAGGUCGUCGGCGCCUGCAGGGCUGCGGUGGUAGAGGUCUUCGGGGAGCCUGAAGACCAACAGCAGCAGGCGCAGCAACAGGAGUUGGAGGAUGGGGCGAUGGGCGCGGAGGAGUACAGGCCUUCCGGGGCGGAUGCGGUGCUCUAUGCGUCGUUGGACGCCGUCAAUGGCCGGCAGAUUGCUCCUGUUAUCACGGCGUUUUCGAAACUGACGCUUUUGGGACAAUGAUUGCGGGUGGAUUUUUCAUGAUCGAACCAUGUGCAAUAUCAAGGGGUAGGGGCGCAUCAUAGCAUUUCAUUGCACGCAUAGCUGGGUAGAACAAGCACAUUUCUGCUCGGAACAUCAGGGGUGAAUGCCCCCGGGGGCCUUUCCUCGACCUUAAGCGCCG